CAAGACGUGGUUCGGAUUGCUCGCGAAUAAAUUAAAAUUGCUGAUUUUAGUGCAAAGGAUUACGAUGAAACCGAUCGGCAAAAAAAAAUGGAUAUCAAUUAAAAACCAUGUGAUCGCAGUGCAAGUUGUCAAUUUAAACGGAAAAGCGGAGUGGAAUCUGGUUUAAAUAUACGAAAUAUGUGAAAGGCAAUCAUAUUUGCUAAAAGAAAAUCCGAAUGUCCUGCACGAAAAAAAGUCAAUAAUUAAAGACUUAAAAAUCGAAACACAAAUUCUACAAAUAAAUGUGUCUAAGUGACAUGUUACCUAAUAAAUAUAGAGUGCUGAUUUCAAAUUAAUUAACUUUAAAUAAGUUAGAAAUAAAACAACAAGUUUUUAUAAGGAAAAAAAAUGUCAAAAAUAGCUAAACCAAUUAAAUACAAAAUAAGUAAACUUCAACAAUGAUGAAGUUAAAACUUUGUCCAAUGUGAAUUUAUUUGCGGCUCAAAUAAAACUAAAAAUAUUUACAAUUUAAAAAAUUUGGUGUUUCUUGUGCACAAAAUUGUGUCAUCGGAAAAUCAAAAAAGAUUAAAUUCUUUAAAAAAGUAAAAUUAGUUUCAAAAGGUGAAAUCCAAAUAAAAAUGAAACAUCUCGUCGUGCUUUGCAUAUUCACAUUCUUUGCCAAAGAUGCACAAACAUUGCUGCUAAGCCAAACGGAUUGGAAAAAUCUGCGUAACAGUGGAGCCUUGGAUUUAAACGUCUUGCGUUGCUUUCUGCGCGACAAAAACUUCUGUCCCAGUCCACAUAUCGAUCACCGACUGUAUGCUCCUAAUGGGCCGCGUCGCGGAAUUACAUUAAAUGUGAAGAACCCAAUGAGCCUUUAUAAAGGUGGUUUCAGCAAGCACCGCGAAACAGUCUUCAUAAUUCACGGAUUCAAUGGAACCGCCAUCGACAUUCACCUGCAAUUUCUCAGGGAUGCAUACUUAUCCCGCGACUUUAACGUCAUCACCGUGGACUGGCGACCCCUGACCCGCUAUCCGUGCUACCUGCACUCCCUGAUCAACACCAGGCUAACGGCGCAGUGCACUGCCCAGAUCUACGCCUUCCUGACCCACUACGGAGCCGUCCGGGAGCGGAUCACCUGCGUGGGUCACUCGCUGGGCGCCCACAUCUGCGGGAUGAUCAGCAACCACCUGACGCGGAAGCAGUACCGCAUCAUCGGCCUGGAUCCCGCCCGACCUUUGAUUGAGCGCAAGAAGAGCAACACCUUCCGGCUGUCGCUGGACGAUGCCAGUGUCAUCCAGGUGAUCCACACCAAUGCCGGAUUCCUGGGCCAGGAGGACAACACCGGGCACCUGAACUACUGCGUCAACGGAGGUCGCAUCCAGCCCUUUUGCAAGGGGAAUCCCAUUAGAAGGUCCCGAUGUUCGCAUUUCCUGAGCAUCUGUUACUUGGCCACGGCCACUUUCAAGCACAAAAAGUUCAUGGGGGUUCCUUGUCCCAACGGCUGCCUGAAUCUCAGUGGACCAAAGCGGUUGCCCGUCAGCGGAAAAACCAAUCCCUUCGAGUUUGCCUCGCUGCUGAGGGAGUACCACAUGGGCAAUGACGCCCCCGAUGACGCCCGAGGCUGUAUUUGCAUAGAUGUGCCGUAUGCCAAGCACUGCCCCUUCACGGACGCGUAGGAGCUGCUUUUCAAUAGAUCGUAAUUGCAUAAUAGAGCUGUUGAUAAUAAAUUCAAUAAAAUUAAAUCUUUGUGCCUUUCC